CAAUAAUACCCUUACCACCCGCAUUGGUUCCAGCUCCGCAGUUUCAGCAUUCCAGCACACACGCUACCGCAUCAGAUAAAACUCUCAACGUCAUUUACCAUUCACCCCUCAACACAACUCCUUUCUACACCGACUGCGUACGAAUCAACAAAAGAACAAAAAAACAAAGCCGCGAAAUACUUUCCAGAAACAAAGCGAAAGAGAAAACAGAAAGAAAAAAAAAUAAAAAUGAAGAUCACCGCUCUUUUGGUGCUUAAAUCCACCGGUGACGGUUCAGAAUCAGUUUUUCUCGCAAACGCUUCAGAUGUGAGUCACUUCGGUUACUUUCAACGCCAUAGCGUCAGAGAGUUCAUCGUUUUCGUAGGUCGUACCGUAGCUAAUCGUACACCUCAAGGCCAGCGUCAAUCCGUUCAGCACGAAGAGUAUAAGGUGCAUGCUUACAAUAGAAAUGGCCUUUGUGCAGUGGGAUUUAUGGAUGAUCACUAUCCAGUCCGGAGUGCGUUUUCUCUUCUCAAUCAGGUGCUGGAUGAAUAUCAAAAAGCUUUUGGCGAAUCUUGGAGAAGCAUUCAGGCAGACAGUACUCAGACAUGGCCCUAUUUGGAUGAAGCUCUCGUGAAAUUCCAGGACCCUGCAGAGGCUGACAAGUUGUUGAAAAUCCAGAGGGAGUUGGAUGAAACAAAAAUCAUCCUUCACAAGACCAUUGAUAGUGUGCUUGCUCGAGGGGAGAGGCUGGACAGUUUAGUUGAGAAGAGUUCUGAUCUUAGUGCAGCGUCGCAGAUGUUCUACAAACAGGCGAAAAAAACCAACCAGUGCUGUACAAUAUUGUAAGCUUUCAGGACCAUCAGUAUCGUGCAAGCUCGUCUGAAUCCUGUUCGACAUUGAUGCUGUUGGAUAGGGUGAAAAUAGCUUCAUAUGUCUAUAUCACUCUCCAUUGUUUGUUUUGUGAAAUUCUGUGAUCUUCCCGAUAUAUGUAUUUCAGACGGGAACCAAAUAUUGGCCAAAGGUCUUACCGUGUUGCCAAAUUAACAUUCUCAUUGACCUUGUUUGUGUUGCUUAUUACUAUGAUAAAUUAUACUGUAGUGUUUUGCAUAUAUAAUUGUUUUGAUGAAGCCAUUUGAAGUUA